CGUUGGAGUUCCCUGCGCUCGCAACAGAGCGAGCAGCGCUACACUUGUGCAAUCACCACCACCGCCAACAACAUCUCUCUGUCUGCUCAUCCAGUGUUAUUGUCUCUAACACUUCACAGAAAUCAAACACAAAACAGCCGACAAUCAUCCUCGCGAGGAGACGUCAGCGCGCCACCCGUUGCGCGCUCGGAUACAAUUUCAAAGGGAUUGAGAUCUCUUUUCUGUCUGUCGCUUUUCGAGAGAUUUCAGAAGACUGGUAGAGAUUGAUCGGGACGGAACACCUGAGCGUGCUCAUUAAUGACAGACUGAGUAACUGCUAUGACAGGUAAACUAGCGGACAAGAUCCCUAUUACCAUGAGCAGUUUAAUCAACUCCAUCCCUGACAGUCUCUACCCAGAAGAAGACAUUCCCACUUCUAUGAACAUUUUCACAAACCCGGAAUCUAUUUCGCACUACUCGCAGAUGAAUCCAGAUAAUAUCAUGGACUUGGGGAUGGGUGGCGAGAAGGGCAGUGGAGAAGUCCAAUACGGCUCUGGUUUCCAGUCUGGUCGAAGCGGGCAAACCGUCACCUACCUGGGCAAAUUUGCAUUUGACACCCCUCCAUCCGGCAGCAUCGGAGGCUCCGGCUGGUGUCCCGACAACAACAUCAUCAGUCUGGUGAGUGCGGGAAUCCUGGGGGUGUCACCGUCACCUGGCAACAUCACCACCCAGACUUCUUCAUCGAGCGGCAGCAUGGGUGGCCAGUCGUCAGACAUGGAGCAAGUAUACGCACCACCUCUUCCUGCCUACUCGACCUGUGGCGAGAUAUACCCAGAACAGGUGACGUUCCACCACAGCCCGGCCACGUCCUCGUCUCUGCCCUACCCGGGCUCUGACUACCACACCACUUCCAAACCGGGCAUGGACGGAAGUCUCUUUUCCAUGAUCCCAGACUACAACCUCUUCCAUCACCAGGGGGACGUAGGGGUGAUGGAGCAUAAACCCUUCCAAACCAUGGACCCUAUUAGAGUCAACCCACCUCCCAUAACUCCCCUCGAGACCAUUCGAGCAUUUAAGGAUAAGCAACAGAUCCAUCCUGGUUUUCUUGGUGGUCAACAGCAUGUUUCCCAACACCAUCAACCCUCUCAGACACUCGCCCUCAAACCCAUUCGUCCAAGAAAGUACCCCAACCGGCCGAGCAAAACUCCUGUGCACGAGCGACCACACGCCUGUCCGGCGGAGAACUGCGACCGUCGCUUUUCACGAUCAGAUGAAUUGACGCGUCACCUGCGCAUCCACACGGGACACAAACCCUUCCAGUGCCGCAUCUGCAUGCGGUCCUUCAGUCGCAGUGACCAUCUAACCACGCACAUCCGCACACACACCGGUGAGAAGCCCUUCUCUUGCGAGUUCUGCGGACGCAAGUUUGCGCGGAGCGACGAGCGAAAGAGGCACGCCAAGGUGCACCUGAAACAGAAAGACAAGAAACCCACAGACAAGGGCAGUAGUGCUGGGGCAGGGGGGAGCCACACCUCUCCUCCCAGCUCCUGUGGGAGCGCGGGACCCAGCAGUGCCAAUAUCAUGACCGUCACCACUUGUGCAUGAGAUGGACUUGCAAAGUAAGACUUUGAGGAGAAAAAAGAAGCUUUCUUUCUCCUCUUAUAUACACACUUGACUCUUAUACUCGCUCCCUCUCACUAUAUUCAUCCAUUUCCUAUGGUUUUCACUGAUUGUGGUGGCACUUUUCUGUAGCCACUAUUGUUUUAGGUUAAAUGAGUGGGGAGUAAGUGGACUCAUGUUGCAUGGAUGGGACAGAGAGGGCGUCAAAGGUGAUGGUUCAAGCAGUCAGGUCAAUCCACAGAAAGAGCACUUGCAGACACAGCACAGUCAUAAGGGUUCAACUCUCAGCUCUGGGGACCAGAGAUUUAAGUCUUUUUCCCCCACCUUGUAUUUUGGUUUGUCAGUGAGUUGUCAGAUAAAAAGUGCACUUUCAUUUGCUUAAUGUGUUGCAGUCUUCUUAAAUGAUUGUUAAUUAUUUAAUGUUUCUGUGUUGUUGUUGUUUUUCAGCAAAAUGUGCCAAAUGCAUUUAAAUACAGCAGACAAUAAAAAAAUAUAUAUUGUUUGAAUCAACCUAAUAACUUCAUUUCAAACGUUGAUUUGGGGAAAACCUACAAGCUCUGAAGGCUCAAGGAGAUUGAGUUCAGGUGGACGUUAAAGGUCUGUUGCAUUAUGCAGUUGCGUUAUUUUAGUAUUUCCAAAUCCCUUAUAUACAAUGAGGGAUGCAGAUGGCAUUUGUUAUCCGCAACGGACUUUCUGUGCAAUAAAAAACGAAAAACAACAACAACGACGACAAUAAAAUGCAGUCUGGCUCACUUUCACAAGUUUGCUUUCUACAGUAGGGAUUGAAAUUAAGACACAGUUGUGGCCUUUACCUGUUUCGCUUCUUUUAGUGCGCAUAAGGGCCAAACCUGCAGUUGUGCAUAUCUACUUCUGGUAGAGUGAGAAACGGUGAUCCGAUCCAAACAUUUUGCCUUUCUGUUUUUGUUGCCUGUAUCCCUGCAUGCAUCUAGUAUCACGUCUUUGCUAGUACUAAAAAGAUUGCAUCAGUCAUGACCGAAGACCCACAGCAAUAUGCAUCCAAUUCAAACCAUGUGUCAACAAGAGUUACUACAUUUUUUGUGUGACAAUUGUCCUUUUGUUGUCUUUAUUGUCAUUGUUUUACUGGACAGUUGCGUUUCUAGCUUUCAUCAUCCAAUAAUUUUCAUUGGGUCCCUUUUUAUGCACAUUAUAUAUUCAGCACGCAUUUUAACACACAUGUACACACGGUUUUCAAAAAUUAAAUCAGCCAAAAUUAUGGUAAUGCUUGCCUGCGAGCAUCACCACUGGGCAGGAUUGAUCUUAGGAGUCAUUGUUUUGCAUUUUUACCGGCUGAGGCCUGCCUGCUAUAUGCAUGCCAUUCAAGAUGUUUUUGGAUGGGAACAGUUUCAACAUUUAUACUGCUCUCAGGGGCAGAACCGUAAUGUGGUAUAUCUCCACGGUUACUCAUAUCCGGAUCAUGCCUAGAGAUUCUGAAUAUUAAUGACGAGAACGAGAGGGGGUUUUGUACAGAUAAUUAUACAAACAUAUUACUACAUGUUUUCUACUUGGAAUGUACAAAGCAAUGUCCUUCAGUAUUACGAUGUUGGUCCGUGCACGUGUGUGUGUGUGUGUGCAUUUGUACACGUGUAUGCUAAUGCAUACGCAAACACCCGUAUUCUUAGAUUUUACAUUGACUGAAUGUGGAAAAGAAGGGUGUGUUUACAUUUCUGUUUUCUUUCUUUCUUCUGUUUUUGAGAUCGUGAUUGUGUACACAGUGCAGAAUGUUUUGUAAGUGUGUGUGCGUGUGUGUGCGCAAGAAAAUGUGACUAUUGACAGUGUCAAAUGUGAUGCAUUCUCCGGCAUUUCUCAAAUAUGAUCUGUUAUUAGCGCAAUUUUGCAAAUGAUGACUUGCGGACACACUGAAUGAUGUGUUUAAUAAAUGAAUAAAACAGUAAGAUUAUUUGGUGAAAAACUCAAAGCAAAAACUUGUGUAUCUCAUUAUCUUAUAAGCAAUCUAUGCAUACAAAACACUGAAGUUGUAUUGAACUAAUUUCAGAAAGUUGAGCUUUCAUUUGAAACUUACACAAAAAUGAAACAAAAAUUCAAAACAAAUUUUGACCAUAUGGUCCCAUAUAUAAACACUCCUCCGUCCUGGCUUUCAUUCCCAGAAAAAUUAAAUCAUCCACAUUUUAUACCAUAUUUUUGGCAGACUCUCGCCACCUUGGGGAAACCACUUCUGCACCAUAUCUUCUGGCAGAAUUCCCCCUUUUAUUUUUCUCUUGGUGAGGUCACGCAUGAAUAACUAAUAGAAUAAGGAUAUUUAAGAUACAUUUUUAACAAUUAAAUAUACAGAAAUAAUUUUGGGAACCAUUAAAAUUAAUUCCCAAAAUGUGACAGUCCUUUAAUUGCUCCUUAUAGGCAAAAUAGAAAAUGCUCUUCAGGUUACAGCUCUAGCAGCCGAGUUAAAAUAAUAAAUGCAAUAUUUAUCUGGGGUGCAAAACGGAAAUGAUACAAACCCAAUAUUGAUCCAGAAACUCAUCUACAUACUGCUGAAAUCUGCCGAAAGCUAAACAUUGUAAACAAGCAUUCUGAAUGUAUACGUUGGCAUUAUUGUCUUGAAUUAUGCAUCGAUAUGGCCCUUAAUCUCAGAAUUGUGUACACAAGUAGGUUUGUACCUCUUAACCUCUCUCAACGUAAGUGAAGAAGGGAAUAAUACACAUUAGAUUUCUGGGAGGAGAGUGUAAAUGUUGAGUUAUAACAGUUUCUGUAAUAUCAGGAUCUGUUCAAGGUCUCUCCUCAGCUCUUGUUUUCUGAACGUCUUCAUUUCUGAAGCGCACAUGGUAUGAGAAGUAUUGUUUUUUUAAAAUAGGAAUACAUACAAAAACAGCGUCUGGCUCAUUUUUUUAUAUAUCUGGUAUUUUCUUUUUUCUUUCUUUCUGUGCCAAGACACAUCAGAAUGCAGGGCCAAACUGCAGCAGUAAAAACAGCGAAGCAGUUCUCACUGAUCAGAUACGAUACCCGACGGAAUUGUGUGCAUGCUUCAGUUUGAAGAGAACUUUUUACGUUAAGAGCUGCGUGCUGAAAAGCUUUUCAGGAAAUUCAUCUGGCGAAUGUGUUUAAGUGAUUCUAACGUAAAACACAAUAUCGGCAUGACUCAGAUUUUAUUAACAACAAGUAAAAGUCUUCCUCAUAAAGUUCUGUGAAGCAACAAGCAAUCGUGACCUCUGGAAAACUUGUGCGCGUGUUUGUGUUCGAGCAUGCUUGCAUGAAGCUGUAUAUCUGUGCCGAGUGCUUCCAUGUCCAUAUUUUUUCGUUUUUGUAUGUGAGUCAAUUUCACUAGAAUAGCCAAAAAUAAAUGGCUGUGACCCUGUGAGUACAGUAUCAGAGAAACUAGCUCAAUAUUAGCCAUUUUUGGGGCAAGAGGAUAUCGUGACGAGUCUCACAACUCAACCCCCCUGCCUCGUCAUGGUCUCAGCAUGACUGUUCACCGUCCGGCUUUGGAUCAGAGCCAGGGUGAACAGCCUUGUUUGAGCCAAACCGGGUUGCAGACUUGACUGCCAUGGAACAAUACGCACAGAAAUGUAAAUGUGACCCUAGCCAGCUCUGAAGCAGGCCCUGUUUCACAACACUGAUUCCCUGUUGUUUACCUGAUUAUUUUAGUCCCUGCAACCCUCGGUCAUUAAAGACUGAGAGUAAACAUUCAGCAUUGGCCCAUGACGCUGUCCACCAUCAGUGACUCAUCUCCUCUACAAAAAAAAGAGGAAA